GGCCUCUUUGCUUAGGCUGCUGCCCCCGCGACCCGGCCUCGGAUAAAGCGGAUGAAGAUGGAUGGAUAGAUGGAUGGAUUGUGUAGCAGUCCGUUCUCAUAGUAGAUGUCUUUUUAUAAGUGCUGUAAUAAAGUUUAAGGCUAUACUUCCUCCACUGGCCUGGAUUAACAUGUGCCAAGACAAUGCAGAGCAGCAGCCUUAACUCUACUGAAUUCAGAACUCUACUCCCACAGAGGUCAGUUAUCUUGUUAACAGUAUUAUAUCUUCACUACGUAAAACUCUGGACACUGAUGCUCCUGAGAGGACAGGAGUAGUUGACUUAGUGGUAUAUCUUUCAGAAUAUUUCAGUGAUAUUUUGUUGAGUUAUCUUUCAGAGUUAACUUCAGUAAUUACUUCCUCCAAACCAUCAACAUGUCUUUUAGACUGUAUUCCUACCACAUUGCUCAAAGAAUUCCUAUUUAAGCUUUAGUUUUAAGUUCGAUCAAUCUACCUCUAUUUCUCGGCCGCAUACCACUAACCUUUAAGGUAGCAGUAAUUAAACCAUCACUUAAAAAGUAAUAACUUGAUCCAGCUCUCUUACUAAUAUGAAAAUCAAUCUUUACUAAAGAGUAGUUGUAAAACAGCUAACUCAUCAUCUGGACCUCAGUGCAGAAUUAGAUACUGUUGACCACAAAAUUUUAUUACAGAGAUUAGAGCACGUUGUAGGUAUUACAGGUACUGCAUCGAAGUGGCUUGAAUAGUUUCCACUUUGUUUAUUUAACUACCUCAUAGUACGAUAUCAUCAAAAUAGAAAACGUUGCUGUCUGAUUGGUUACUUACUUCUGGUUCCUAGAGUGUUUAAAAGUAAGCGUGUGUGUAUGUGUAUGUAUGUGUGUGUAUCUUUAUUUUUUGUUUGUUUUAUUGCUUUUUUGUUUUUCUGUUUCAGGUUGAGUGGCUGUAACCUCACAGACAGAAUAUGUGGAGCUCUGUCAUUUAUUCUUAGCUCUCAGUCUUCUAGUCUGAGAGAAUUAGACCUGAGUAAUAACAACCUGCGGGAUUCAGGAGUUAAGAUUCUUUCUGGAGGACUGGAGAGUCCACAUUGUACACUGGAAAUUCUCAGUCUCUCAGGCUGCGCGAUCACAGUGGAAGGCUUUACUUCUCUUGCCUCAGCUCUGAGCUCAAAUGCCUCCCAUCUGAGGGAGCUGGAUCUGAGCUACAAUGAUGCAGGAGACUCAGGAAUGAAGCUGCUCUUGGCUGGACUGAAGGAGGAGCUGGACUCUCUGAGGGUGGAGCCUGCUGGAGUCCGAUGGUUGAGACCAGGUCUGAGGAAGUAUUCCUGUCAACUCACAAUCGACACAAACACAGUACACAGAAACCUUCAACUGUCUGACAACAACAUGAAGGUGACCCAUGUAAUGGAGGUUCAGUCAUAUCCUGAUCAUCCAAACAGAUUUGAAGUCAAGCUUCAGUUGCUGUGUAGAAAUGGUCUGACUGGUCGCUGUUACUGGGAGGUCGAGUGGAAAGGACAAGUUCAUAUAUCAGUGAGUUACAAAACAAUCAGACGUAAAGGGCGCAGUGCUGACUGUUUGUUUGGAGGGAAUCAACAAUCCUGGAGUCUGUACUGUACUGAUGAUGGCCCUCGUCACAUCUGGCACAAUGAUAGAUCAACUUCCGUUCUUUCCUCCUCCUCCUCCUCUGAUAACAGAGUAGCAGUGUAUGUGGACUGUCCUGCUGGCACUCUGUCCUUCUACAGAGUCUCCUCUGACACUCUGAUCCACCUCCACACCUUCAACACCACAUUCACUGAACCUCUUUAUCCUGGAUUUUAUGUCUGGCCUGGUUCGUCGGUGUCCCUGUGCUGAGUUGAGUGUAAAGAGUGUCUCCUGUUAGAGAAACACUCUGACUGUUGAACAGAUAGUUCAGUCUGUACAUGUCUGUCUCUUUCACUCACAAACACGUUUUCAGAUUCAUGGAUUCAAUCAGUUGAUGUUUGAAACUCUUCUAAAUGAUUCAUUGUAAACUUCUUCCUCUUCAGUCCUUUAAAGAUGGAAGCUCCCAUUAUUCCAGAAUCCACAUGUUGUUUUUCUGUCUUUUUCCACUCAAAGCUCCACAGUGAAUCUCAGUAUGUUGUGUUUCACUGAAGCUCAGUUCACAACCAGCUCCUCUGCAUUUUCAACAAGUGUGAGCUCAUUAAAAUGAGGCUAUGUCCACACGUACAUGGGUAUUUUUGAAAACGCAGUAAACAGCGUUUUCGGUCACUGAAAACAGAGAUUUUUAAAA